GGCUCUGACAUCACCUUGUGGGAGGUUCAAUGGCUACUGCUAAAGACAAUGUUAGAAGAAACUACCCGUAACUUCUACAGAAGUGUAGUAGUCGUGACGUCAGCAUUUAAGAGACAGCUACAGUGUUUUCAAAGGUGGGACACCUUGAUUUUCAGACUUAAACCCAAAUAGUACGGAAAGGGAGGAUGGCCGGGAGUUGAAACGGUCGAAUUAAUAAUUUCGGCAGUGGAGAUUUAUUUGCGCAGGAUUAGCUAACAGGGGUGCAAGGAGACAGCAGGAGGUGGGGACACAGAAUAAAAGUUGUGUUCUCAGACUGGAUAAAAAAGCAUAAAGGAUAUUGAAUAUUCGUUAUGAACUCCCGACUUCGUGCAUUGGGCGGGAUGAAAAACUAUAUACGAGUUUCAGAGCUGCAAAAAGACAAACAUCGAUCUGGGGAUGUCUGUAUGGUUCACUUCAUGGAUGACUCUAUACAAGGUUUCAGGGUUAAUAAACAGGAUACUGGCCAGGUUUUGUUGGAUAUGGUCUACAGCCACUUGGGAGUGAUGGAGAAAGAAUACUUUGGUUUGUUGUACACUGAAGAGUCUGUCACUUCUCCCAGAUGGCUGGAAGCUGGUAAACUGAUCAGAAAACAGCUAAAAGGAGGAUUUCCAUGUUCUCUUCAUUUUCGAGUGAGAUUUUUUGUACCAGAUCCCAACUUGCUGCAGCAGGAGCAGACAAGGCACUUGUACUUUCUACAGUUGAAAAGUGAUAUUCUAGAAGGGCGAUUAAGCUGUCCCAUGAACUCUGCUGUUGUGCUGGCUUCAUAUGCUGUACAGUCUGAAAUCGGAGACCACAUUCCUGAUCAGCAUCAUCCAGGUUAUCUCUCAGAUUUCAGCUUCUUACCAGAUCAGAAUGAAGAUUUCCUUACUAAAGUAGAAUCAUUACAUGAACAGCACAGAGGACUCUCACAGUCAGAGGCAGAAUCCUGCUACAUAAAUACAGCAAGAACGUUGGAUUUCUACGGUGUAGAACUGCACGGUGGUAGAGAUUUGCAUGAUCUAGAACUUUCCAUUGGCAUUUGCUCAGGAGGCAUUGCAGUGUACAGAAAAAGAAUAUGCACAAGUUUUUACAAUUGGGGAAAUAUUGUGAAGAUUUCUUUUAAAAGAAAAAAGUUUUUCAUUCAUCUAAAGCAUAAACAAGGGUACUCCAGAGAAAAUGUUGUCAGCUUCAAUAUUCCAAACUACAGAGCAUGUAAAAACCUGUGGAAGUCUUGUGUGGAGCAUCAUACGUUCUUUCAGUUUAAGAAGUCACUGUCACAGGAUAAACGAAGUUCAUCUAAUUACUGGACAAUUAGUGCAAAAAGCCAGAACAAAACAGGAGGGUUGAACAGUCAGUUUUGCAAAAAAGUAAUGGGAGGAAUGGUUUGGAAUUCCAAUCUGAGAAGAUCGUUAUCUGCUGAACAUUUGGAAACCAAAAGUCUGCCAUCUCGCUCACCUCCAAUGACACCCAAUUGGCGGAGUCCUAGAAUGCGUCAUGAGAUGCACAAGCCGCACCAUUCUUCUUUUGAUAACUUGGCAAGUGAAAUGGCCUACAUCACUGAAACAGAAGAUGUCUUUUAUACGUACAAGGGAUCAUUAAAUUCAAAGGACAGUGACACAGAGUCAACUCCACAUAACAGCAUACGUCGAAGAUCAUCUGAACGUGAUUCAUUAAGGAAAGGGUAUGACAGUAGCUCACUUCAGACUUCAUCUGAAAGAACAGGAGAUGGAACUGUUCCAAGUUCUCCAAAUGGCAUGAGUAAUGUAGCAGUGGGACCAAAUUCAUUAGAAGGUGUGACUACACUGUCAGAGGACUUGAAUGGAUCCAAAAUGAAAAUGAUAGAAGACUCCAGAAAAGACAGGAACAGCAAGAAUUUAGCUGGUGAUCGAGAUUUACUUUUGAUACGUAUUACACCAGACAAGGAUGGGAAAUUUGGCUUUAACCUAAAGGGAGGAGCAGACCAAAAAAUGCCUCUUGUAGUUUCCAGAGUAACGCCUGACUCACCGGCUGACAUAUGUACACCUGCACUAAGAGAAGGUGAUCAGAUAGUUCUUAUUAAUGGAAGGGACAUUUCAGAGCACACCCAUGACCAAGUUGUAAUGUUUAUUAAAGCCAGUCGAGAGUCCCACACCAAAGAACUUGCUGUUUUGGUCAGACGAAAAGUCACUAGGCCUGUUAUUGACAAGACGGAUGAUGAGGCAGACUUUCAGUCUUCACCUGAAUAUCUUCCUCCCCCACCUCUUCAUCAUGGCGAUACAUUAGAGGAAUCUAUGGAACAGCUGAAAAGAGGACUGGAAAGUGGAACAGUACUCAUGCAGUUUGAGCAACUUUAUAAGAAAAAGCCAGGCAUGAGUAUGACAUGUGCAAAGUUACCUGAGAAUAUGGAUAAAAACAGAUACAAAGACAUACUGCCAUAUGAUGAUACAAGAGUUAUCAUUUCUGGAAGUGAAGAUUAUGUCAAUGCCAACCAUGUAAAUAUGGAAAUUCCUUCUGCAGGAAUUGUAAAUCGGUACAUUGCAAGCCAAGGCCCUCUUCCCAGUACUUGUGCAGUUUUCUGGCAGGCAGUGUGGGAGAACAUGUCAUCUCUUAUUGUCAUGUUGACUACCCUAACAGAAAGAGGCAGAACAAAAUGUCACCAAUACUGGCCUAAUCCACCUGAAGUAGAAGAAUAUGGCAAUUUCCGUGUGUCGUGUUUAUCUGAAGAUUGUACCAUUGCAUAUGUUUUCAGGGAAAUGACAGUUACAAACAUUGGGACGGGAGAAGAACGAUCUGUAACACAUCUCCAGUAUGUCGCUUGGCCCGACCAUGGUGUUCCUGAUGAUUCAACAGAUUUUCUGGAUUUUGUAACUUGUGUGAGACAGAAGAGAGUCAAGGAUGAGCCAGUAAUUGCUCAUUGCAGUGCUGGAAUUGGUCGCACUGGUGUUCUUAUUACCAUGGAAACAGCUAUGUGUUUAAUUGAAAAGAACCAACCUGUUUACCCACUGGAUAUUGUACGAAUAAUGAGAGACCAGCGUGCUAUGAUGGUGCAGAAUUCAAGCCAGUACAAAUUUGUGUGUGAAGCUAUUCUGCGAGUUUAUGAGGAAAGCAAAACCCAGCUAAUGGAUUCCAGCUAACAUACCACAAGAAAGAGAAGGAAUCAAUACUGCUUUAAAUUCCAUUCAUAGGGAAAGGUGCUCAACCAAGACCCGACCUAGAGUUAGAGCAAAGACUUGCUGGCCAAGCACAUUUGAACUGAGGCACUUUAAAUCCUGUAGAAAUUAUUGUAACUUCAUGCAUAAAUAAUUUAAGCACUAUAAAGUACCUCCUCCUCUGCUUUUUUCCUCUGUAAAGUUUUUUUUUUGUUCUUUGUGUUUUGUAUUGUCCUAGAUGCAUUUUCUUGAAGACUUAUUGUGGCCCUAAUAUUCUCAUUUGGAAUACUUGAGUGAACCCAACAGUAUUCUUACCAGAACAAUAAUAGUUUCCUUUUAAAGAAUUACAAACAUAGCAUAGACUUAUUUAUUUUCUCCAUCACACGCUGAAAGAAAGGAGUUCAAGAGCUUUCUAUUGAUUUGAAAUGUGCAGGAACCAAAACUAAAAACUUGAGAAUAAAGCCUGAUUUUGGCAGGCUGUUGAUUUGUUUUUUGGUUACAAGAAUAAGUUAGGCAAGGCAAGAAUAAUUUUUCACAGGAAGGCAUUUUUUGAGCGUUUCCUGUUAUGGAUGCCCAGUUUUACUAGUUCUUUCGUCAACAGCUAUUCUGUAAAUGUUGCUGCUACAUAGGACUCUGAUCUUUACUGAGGUACUUGCUGUCACUGGUGCAUUAGAGCAACUAAAUCUCUGCAAGUGUGUCUCAUAUAAUAUGACAGGCAUUUUCCUGAACAGGAUAGUGAACCAUUUUAAAUAACUUGGUUAGAUGGGUGUGCUUGCAUUGUGGCUAUAUAUAAAUUCGGCUGCAUGGCAGUAUAUGUAAACUGUGAAUGGGCCACUAUCCUUGGACAAAAUCUAUCCUGGGAGUACCAGGAUCAGUGGAUCCAUAGCACUAGGACUAGGUCCAACAGGAGCUGAAAGCAGACAUUAAGCCUCUUGAAAUUAUGAUCCUUAAUCCCCCUGCUGCAUUGUUUAGCUCUGUGUCUGUGAUUUGUAUAUAGAAUCUUGCAAGCCAAAACAGAAGCUAUGGACAGGAUUGGAUGAGGAGAUGGACAGUCUGUCACAGGCAUAUAAGCAGAUAACUCAAAGGAGCUAUAAAAAGACUUUGUUUAAAAAAAUAUUAAAAUAAACAUAAAAACAGAAUAAUUCUUAACAUGUUUUUUGCACACGUGCAUAUGCAAAUAGUGCACAGAGUUCAUGUUGCAUUCCUAGUUGUGUAUGACAUAAUUAAACGUCCUCUGUAUGUUAGGACUGAAUACGGGAAAAUGUUUCUGUAAUUUUGAUUAAAUUCCAGAAUGCUGAGCGAU